UUAUCACAAGCAGCUCCAAUCAAACAUACAGUUUUGAGUUUGAUUAUUCUUAUUCAUCAUUUGACAAAACUUCUGUGAACUAUGCUUCCCAGGAAAUGAUUUAUGAUGAUAUUGGCUCUGAAAUGCUUGACCACGCUUUUGAUGGAUACAAUGUUUGUAUAUUUGCUUAUGGUCAAACUGGUUCUGGAAAGUCAUAUACAAUGAUGGGUAAAAUGGACGAUCUUGAAGAAAUGGGAAUGAUUCCAAGACUUUGCCGCGAAAUUUUUAGUCGGAUUAGUGAAAACAGGGAGAAUCAGCAACUUGAAUAUAAUAUAGAGGUAAAACAGGUUUUUUUGUUUAAAUGGGGCUGUGAAAGAUUUUUUUUGGGUGUUUUUGAGACUUCCUAG